CCGGGCAGGUGGCAGCUGGCUGGGCUGCUCUGCGCAGGGAAGGACGUGCACUCACUGGCGGCCAUGGGGAGCGUCCGCGGCCUGUGCCUGGCGGCGGGAAACUGUCUGAGAUUAUGUGAAAGAGAAGUUUUCCCUUCUCUCAGGCUAGCCAGAAAAGGAGAUUUGAAGAUGAUGAGAGGAUUUUGCACAAAACCACAGGAAAAUUCAAAAGUACCAUCUCAGACUUCAGAUGUUUAUAAAUCUAGAGUGCCAUUACAUAAGCCCACUGCCUGGGAAAAGAAGUUAAUCGUCUGGUCAGGCCGUUUCAAAAGAGAAGAUGAAAUCCCAGAGACGAUCUCGUUUGAAAUGCUUGAUGCUGCCAAGAACAGGGUCCGGGUCAAGAUCAGCUACAUCAUGAUUGCCCUGACUAUAAUGGGAUGCAUACUUAUGGUUUUUCAGGGAAAACAGGCUGCCAAAAGACAUGAGACCCUGACGAGCCUGAACUUAGAAAAGAAAGCUCGUUUGAGAAAGGAAGCAGAAGAAGCCCUGGAGUCCAAAACUGAGUAGAGUUACAAACAUGAAGUGGCUAGAUGGGUAUUUAAAACUCAGCAAGAGCAGUGUGGCAGGCACAUGCCUCCCUGGCAGAGGAUGUGUUGUGGGGAAACUAUUGCAUAGAAGUGUGACUUGUACCAAUGCCCUUUUGCUGUGUUGUGUAGUGGCAUCAAUAAACUAUCUCAACAGAACACCUUAUCUAGUUUUUCACAACUGAUCAGAGUGUGAAUCAAACACAGCUCUUGGCCAUUUGAAAAACCAGAACAAUAAAAGUGGUGUAAUUUAGCUCAAA